CACAAAUGUUUGGCUACUUACUCAUGUCUGCACAUUCGUCAGAUAAUUGUUCAGGAUGAGAGAUCAGUGAAUGAUCAGCAUACGAUAAGUUUGGUUAUCAAAGUCCAGUGUGGAGUCUAGACGCUUUGAUAAAGAAACGCGACUGCGCGAAUUCGCAAAUCAAACGGUGGAUAGAUAGCGCGGAAAACAGAAAUCAAUCAUUAUAAUAUCGUCAAUAUCCAUACGCUCGUAAUAAUACAUUUUAUUAUUUACGCCUUGUGGACAAGACGAAGAUAAAAUAGGAACUUAAAUUAUGUUUUGGAUCAUCGGUGUAAUAUUAUUUGGUGUACUGUAUGCUGGUUAUCUAUGGCGUUCCAACAGAAACUUGCCUCCAGGCCCUUGGGGUGUUCCAAUUCUCGGCUAUCUACCGUGGUUAAAUCCUACCGAACCUUACAAAACAUUAACGGCACUGACUUGUAAGUAUGGGCCGAUUUACAGCAUUCAGAUGGGGAAACAUUUUGCAGUCGUUAUGUCGGACCCAACACUGGUUAGAAUGGCAUUAGCACGAAACGAACUGGCAGAUCGCACUAACUUCGAAGUUGUUAACGAAAUAAUGCAAGAACAUGGUUUAAUAUUUACACACGGGCCACUUUGGAAAGAACAGCGAAAAUUUGUUUGCAAUUGGCUUAAGGUGAUCGGCGUGACCAAGUUCGGUGACAAGAAAAAUAAUUUACAACUACUAAUUGCAGACGCUGUAUCUACUACGAUCUCGAAAUUACGACAGACAAAUAAUAGUCCGAUUGACACGGGAAAGUUUUUUCUAGUAAACAUAGGAGAUUUCAUAAAUCUUAUAGUGUUGGGUAAAGCGUGGCCAGAAGAUGACCCUAAUUGGAUUUAUUUACGAAAUUUGGCUGAAGACGGAUCUAAAAAAUUUGCCAUAGCUACUCCAUUGAGUGUUUUGCCAAUAUUGAAKGUCAUACCAAAGUAUAGAAAAACUGUUAUUGAAAUAAUCGAGGGAGUCAAAAAUACGCAUUUUAUAUAUAAAAAAUUGAUGGAGAAACGAGGCAACGAAAUUAAUGAAUGUGACGAUUUGAUGGCCAUGUUCAUGAAAGAAAUGACAAAGAGAACAAAUGAGAAAAGUUCUCAUUAUUUCACCGAAAAACAAUGUUGUUUUCUUUUGUCUGAUCUUUUUGGUGCUGGUGUUGAAACAACCGUGAAUACCCUAAGAUGGUUUCUUCUGUAUAUGGCUUUAAACCAAGAAAUACAGAACAACUUACAGACAUUGCUGGAUUCUGCGUGUACUGAUGGUGGAAUAAUAGAUUUAGAACACAUAGAAAGUAUUCCAUUUCUAAAAGCUUGCGUGUUUGAAACGAUGCGAUUACGGCCGGUUGCUCCAUCUGGAAUACCUAGGUCAGUCAACAGCGAAAUUACGAUUUUGGGAUACCGCAUACCAAAGGGGACCAUGGUUUUACCGCUGCAGUGGGCAAUGCACCACGAUGAAAAGUAUUGGACGGACCCGCAGGCAUUCCAACCGAAAAGAUUUUUAGACGACGAAGGAAACGUGAUAAGCAACAAAGCUUUCAUGCCAUUUCAAGCCGGUAAAAGAGCUUGUGUUGGAGAUACGCUUUCCUACUGGAUUCUCUAUUUAUUCGGUGCAAAUAUAAUUCACAAUUUCAAUAUUUCUACAGAACACGGUUUAUCUGAAAAAGAAAUAAACACCAUCAUGAAUGGGGAGUUUGGCAUAACGCUCAGUCCGGCUACGCAUAACAUUGUUUUUAAAUCUCGAAUUUAAGAUUAAUCGAUUCUCAAUUUGUUUUCGAAUAAUUAAAACUAUCUUAAAAUAAAUAUAA